AUGAAGUCAUUACAAGACUGGUUGAACAACGUGCAGACGUUAAUGUGUGUGCAGGUGGAGGGCUUAGAGGAAUUAGUCGAGGAACUAUGCCUGGAGUGCGCUCAUCCAAAUAAAAGCCAUCGACUAGAACGCUUGCGGCACUUUCAAACGGAUUUACGGGGCUUUGUGGGGGAGUGGGAUUGGCUGGCUGACAAUGUGUUGGCGCGCUACUUUCAUAGUCCGUGGUCGCGACGUGAAUGGGACCAACUGCGUGAGGACUUGAAGUUUAUAAGGCAGUCUUUGGUUCAGGAGCUUACUGACUCGGUUCGGAACAGGCUCUACGCCCAUUUUAAUCGGUUCCGGGACGUGUUACGCGCUCGCGGCCGCUCAAAGCGCUUCAACGACAUGCUGCAGGAACGCCUUGCCGGGUCAUACCAGAGGGCCGCCAAUUUGCGUCUCCCGGAAGACAACCGCGUCCAGCUCAUGUGGUUCCUUCACGCAGCCUGUGAGGCUCGAUACCCACGGGCCGACCCCAGGCUCCGGGUGCAGAUCAGCAACCUCAUCUGGCGGCGUCGCAGAGUCAUUACGCGUCAAUCAAGCCAUCUUCCGCCCGCGACGGUCGACUUCACUCGCACCACUGAGUUUCCUCCGAUCCCCGGGAUCUUCAUUCGGUGUCCUUACUGUGAGCACCGAUUUCUAUCCCGCGAUCUCAGUCAUUCGAAGUGGAGAUGCCACCUGAUGGACGACCUGCGGCCCUAUCUCUGCAUCCAUCUCAAGGACGCCGAUGCCCACCCUGCGAAGCUUCUGCCUUCAUUCUUGAAUGAAUGCCCCUUCUGUGAUGUUCCUUGCGCCGAUUCCCAGUGGUCCUCGGUGGAGAAGCUGCUGAGACAUAUUGCAGAACGUCAUCUGGAGGAACUUUUUCUGUUGGCACUUCCGGGGGGGCCGACGGAUCUGUUCUCGAAUGUCUUUCUGAGAGAAGGGAAGAUUAGCCUGGGGCCUUACGAGGCUCCCGAGGUUCCUGAGGCUUAUGAGGCUUAUUAUAGGCCUUUCGGGAGCCCAGAGGAUGAUGAAGUCGAAGAGAGUGUUGAUACAGAGGAAGACGACGGCCUGACCUCUGAGGGAGUCCGCUCUUCCCGCUCCUUAAUUUAG